ACAUCAGUGAAGACUGAGGAAGAAGCAUCCCAGGGCCUUGCCCCAGAGGAGUGGCCACAUCUGAGUCUGGCUCAGAGGAACCCCUGCGAGAACUCAGCUCAGGAGAAGGUUACAGGCCUCAGUCUGAUGACUGAAGAAUGUGUAACUGAAGAUGAAUUGUUUAAUACAAAGCAAGAAACUUCUGAAGAAAUGGAACAAGGUGGGGAGGCCUCAGGAAUACCCAACAGAGACAGUAUACCCCAGAUCCCUUGUAGUACUCCUGUCUCUACUGAAAGGACAGUUGUGCAUUUGAACACUCUGAAGGACCGUCACCCAGGUGACUUGUGGGCCCGGAUGCACAUCUCAUCCUUAGAAUAUGCUGCAGGCGACAUUACCCGAAAAGGGAGAAAAAAAGACAAAGCUCGGGUGACUGAACUGCUCCAAGGCCUUGCAUUUUCUGGUGAUUCGGAUACGGAAGAAGACAAUGAGCCUGAGAGCCAGCCUGCUCAGAAGAAGCUAAAGGUAUCAAGUGUACCUGGGAAGAAAUGGACCAAAAGAGACAUUAAACCUGACUUUCCUAGCUGGUCAGUACUGGAUUCUGGACUUUUGAACCUCAAGAGUGAAAAGUUGAACCCGGUAGAGCUCUUUGAAUUGUUUUUUGAUGAUGAAACAUUCAACUUGAUUGUCAAUGAAACCAAUAAUUAUGCUUCUCAGAAAAAUGUCAGCUUGGAAGUCACAGUUCAGGAAAUGAGGUGUAUAUUUGGUAUCCUGCUUUUGAGUGGAUUUGUAAGGCAUCCCAGAAGGGGAAUGUAUUGGGAAACCUCUGAUGCCGAUCAGAACCUGGUUAGAAAUGCAAUUAGAAGGGACAGAUUUGAAUUGAUUUUCUCAUACCUACAUUUUGCAGAUAAUAGCCACCUAGAUCAAAAAGAUAAGUUUACAAAAUUGAGGCCUCUCAUAAAGCAAAUGAAUAAAAAUUUCCUCUUGUAUGCUCCCCUAGAAGAAUACUAUUGCUUUGAUAAGUCAAUGUGUGAAUGUUUUGAUAGUGACCAAUUCCUGAAUGGAAAGCCUAUUAGAAUUGGCUAUAAAAUUUGGUGUGGUACAACCACACGGGGUUAUCUGGUUUGGUUUGAGCCCUAUCAAGAAGAAGCAACUAUAAAGGCAGAUAAGGAUCUUGACCUUGGGUUAGGUGGAAAUCUAGUGAUGAACUUUGCUGAUGUUCUUUUAGAGAGAGGUCAGUAUCCCUAUCACCUGUGUUUUGAUAGUUUCUUUACAAGUGUCAAAUUGAUGUCAGCUUUGAAGAAGAAGGGGGUGAGGGCAACAGGAACAAUUUGUGAGAACAGGACUGAAAAAUGUCCACUUAUGAAUGCAGAACAUAUGGAAAAAAUGAAGAGGGGGUAUUUUGAUUUCCGAGUGGAAGAAAAUGAUGAGAUAAUUUUGUGUUGUUGGCAUGGUGAUGGCAUUAUCAGUCUGUGUUCCAACGCUGUAGGCAUAGAACCAGUCAAUAAGAUAAAUUGUUUUGCUGCUGAUGAAGAGAUCUCUCAGAUAAGUCAACCAUCCAUAGUGAAAUUGUAUGAUGAAUGCAGGAAAGGUGUAGCUAAAAUGGAUCAAAUUAUUGCCAAGUACAAGGUGAGGAUAAGAAGCAAGAAAUGGUACUCAAGUCUGGUGAGCUACAUGAUCGAUGUAGCCAUGAACAAUGCGUGGCAACUGCAUAGAGCCUGUAACCCGGGUGCCUCUCUAGACCUCUUAGAUUUUCGGAAAUGUGUGGCUCAUUUCUACUUGGAACAUAAUGCUAAUCUGUCAGAUUAAGGCAGAGAAAACAGACACAGUGUAGACAUUCACAAGACAGAAAAUUAUAACUAAAUGUAGGUUGUACCCUCCCAAAGCAAAUUUGAUAUAUGUAAUGAAAUUAAGUUAUUAAGUAAUAUUUUAAAAAUCAGACAUUUAUAUAGAGUUGCAAAGAAUAUUAUAACUAGUAAUGUUUAAAAAUUAUCUGUGAAAAUGUUGAACUCCAGUGGUACCUUUCUCUAUGUCUAAUUUUAUGUCAGACAUGGGAAAUCAUUUAUUUGUUGAUUAUUUUGUGCAUUUAAAGAAUGAAAUCCUGCUUCUUUUUAAAAAAAUUUUUUUUCUAGAGAAUGCCAUUUAAAAAUGCAGGCAAUGUCACAGCAACUAUAGAAUGGCACUGAAUCCAUAGUCCAAAUUCAAGACAGAGCCUAUGAAGUAAGACUGAUUUAAACAAAACCUGGGUGGUAAUAGGCUAAAAACCUCAGCAUUGGUGUCAAACUGGUGGGUCAGAUUGUGUAUAGGUAAGAAAGGCCAGGCAGGGAUAUUGAAGAAGGAAGGUACUGUAAAGGGAAAACCAGAGACGAAGCAAGCACUGCUUUUGAAUAUUGAAAUGAAAGGUGUCCUAUUCUGACUGUGUGAGUUGGCAGCAAAAGUCAAAAGAGUAAAGAAAAUGGAGAAAACAUGAAGCAAAUCAGAGUAACAGUAGUAACAGUGACUCUAUUGUUGACAGUAAAGUACAGGAUAACAGUAGAGUUAAGAGGACAUGAAGCCCAUGUUGAAAUCACCUAAGGAGAUAAGUGAGUGUCUAGGAUUAAGGUCAUCAGUGAUAGAUAACACAAGAAGAAAUACUAGAUUAAGUCAUUAAGUUUUCCUCAUUUUUUUUUAUACUCGUUCUGUAGAUGAGAAAACAGGCGUAGUGGUUAAGUAGCAUUUUCAAAUUCACAUAGGUAGGAGGUGGUGCAGCCCUUGGCGCCAAUAUUGAGAAUCAACUUGUUUUAUGUUUUUUGUUUCUAGUUUGUCUUUUGUUGUGUUGUUGUUUUCGUACUUUUCUAUAUAAAACCCCAAAAAGUCACAUUGCAGGAAUGGUCAACACCUUUGUAAUUGCAAAGGGCUAUAGCUUAGCAAAGGACAUUCCUAGGGUUCCUGUAGAUCUAUGCCAAAAGAAUGAUCACUUUGUCUACCCUGCCCUGCCAUUGUACUGAACACCUAUGGUAUUUCUGUGCACACCACGUUUAUGGUGCUCCUCAAAUACUGCUGUUCUACACAGUAGUUAUUUUUGCUCAGGGUAUGUUCCUUACUAGACAAUAGAAUUCCAGAGAAUCUCUUUUGCAAUAACUUUUUGCAACUAAAACUGGACCUGAAAUGAUUUGCUAUACUACAUGGGAUUCUUAGAAUACAUUGCAACUUGAUGGGAAAAUUUAGCUAUCCAAAUACAUAGCUUUAUCUUUAAAGUGUACUUUAGAACAGUGGAAUAUGAUCGUAACCUCGGUGGAAAAAAUACGGAAUAAUUUGCAGUGAGAAAUGAUGAAGACAAGUGAUGACUUUAAAACUUCACUAAGUAUUCAUAUAUGCAUGUAUUGCAAGAAUAUGCUGUACCCCACAAAUAUGUAUGUUAAAAUUAAAAGAAUUUU